AUGACUGUUGGCUGUGCAGAUUCACUCUAUUCACCACUGUACCAAAGCUGUAGUGGAAAUCAGUUCACAUGUUCUAGUGGGCGAUGUAUACCGCAGCGCUGGGUGUGUGAUAAGUUCAACGAUUGUGGAGACUACAGUGAUGAGAAAGGAUGUGUGUGUGACGACAAACCCGAUUGUCCAGGAGGAACAGAUGAGUCCAACUCCACAGCACAGCUGACCUGCAGCCUUGAUCGCUGCUCCACUUUGAGCUGUGAGUUCCACUGUCACCCGUCUCCUCAAGGAGGCUCUUGCUACUGCCCUGAUGGUUUUGUUGUAGCCAAUGACAGUCGUACCUGUGUCGAUUAUAAUGACUGUGAAAUCUGGGGAAUCUGUGACCAGUUGUGUGAAGAUCGUCCUGGAACGCACCAUUGUAGCUGUGCUAAUGGAUAUUUUUUGGAGCAAGGUCAUGUCUGCAAAGCCAACGUGUCAGGUGGAUUACCACAGCUCAUCUUUACAAAUGGUGGUGAUGUGGAAAUAGCAGAUAUACAUGGACGCUUUGUCAGAGUUUUGGUGCCAUCCCAAGGCAGGGGUUAUGCAGUGGGUGUGGCCUAUAAUGCGCACAGUGAAAUAAUUUUUUGGAGUGACACUUACACCAAAAAGGUCUAUUCUACAAACUACAAUGGAGGAGACAUUAAGGAAGUUCUAAAUGCUGCAGUUCAUGAUGUCCAAAACUUGGCCGUGGACUGGAUCAACUUUAAACUCUAUGUCUUAGAAGCCAGGGUUGAGCGUAUUGACAUGUGUGAAUUCGAUGGUAGGAAUCGGGUCACACUGGUCGCCGAAAACCUGGUGACACCACAUGGCCUUGCCCUGGAUCCUACAGUGGGCUACAUGUUCUUCACAGACAAGGGUAUUUCCAAUGAGCAGGUGAAGCUUGAACGUGCCUUCAUGGACGGCAGUAAUCGAUUGGAGCUGGUGAAAAGCAGACUCGGCACACCAACGGGAAUUACCCUCGACAUUGUCACACAGAGGGUCUACUGGUCUGAUAGCCACUUUGACACCGUGGAGACAGUAACGUACAAUGGGUUGCAGAGGUAAACGCGUCACUAGAGCUGUCGUUGAAGAGUUAAUGACAUCUAGAGCAUUGUUUCCCAAAGACUGGGUCGCGUCCCUCAGGUGGGUCGCAAGAGAUUUUUUCAUUUUGGGUCGUCCUGCAUCAUUCCCAGGAGUUUACGAAUAAUGUCUAUUGACUUGGGUCACGACGGUAAAAAUUUGUGACUUUUAAAAUAUGGGUCCCCAGAAAAAAAAGUUUGGGAAACACUGAUCUAGAGAGUCGACUUUCCUUUGACUUAAAUUGUACGUCUAAAAUAAACAUUUCCAACAUGAAUGCAACUUCUCACAAGACACAUUUCCACCUUAGCUGUGGAUUUAUACUUCUU